CCAGCUGUAAAAGACAUUUUGGGGACAAUUGGGGAAAUUUGAAUGUGGACCAGGUGUUAGAUGAUAUUAAUAUUAGAUGUUAUUGUUAACUUUAUUUAGGUAUGAUCAAGAUAUUGUGAUUUUGUAUUGGAGAUACAUACUUAAGUGUUGGGGAUGAAAUGUCAUAAUUUGCCUAAUAUACUUUAAAAUAUUUCUGCCAACAUAAAUGAAUAAAUAAAUGAGGGAAAACAGAAGUAGAAGUAGUAGGAAGGGAAGAGAUCAUAGUUAGGAGUCAGGCACCAGUGCCUGCUACAUGCCCCAUCACGCUUAGAAAAAAAAUGCAGACACCUUACAGAGGCCCUACCUGACUGACCAGGAUCUUGCUUGCCUCUGGGUCCCCACACUACACUCCAGCCACAGCAGCCUUCUUUUGCUUCUUCCAAUGAGCCGAGCUCUUUCCUCUAUCAGGCCUUUACACCAGCGGUUCCUUCUGCCUCGGUAUAUUGCUUGCCCUCACUGUUUGCCUGGUGGCACCUUGAUGUUGAGUUCUCAGCCUAAAUGUCGCCGCCCACCCUCCCUCACAGAACCACCUGAAGUAGGCUGUCCUCCGCUCUGGUUUUGUUGGUUGGCUGCACUUCCCACCCGCAGGAGGUGAUGAUGUUUAUGUGCCGUCUCCAUGCGUCGAUACUUAGGGCCACCACUAGGUCCCCAGAGCCCGUGUUUAUCGCGCACCUGCACGUGUCCUGCGUACAGCUGCAGGCGCGUCCGCUUUGGGACCUUGCUGCUGUUUCCUGUAACCGCGGUGACAGCUGCAACCCGAGACUUCCGACCGACUGCGUAUCUCGCCCGCGGCGGGCGGCUGGAAUCCAGACGCCUCCACCAACUCCCAGCUGGGUGACUGCACACCCCGGAGCCCCCCAGCCCGGGACCCCACACCAAGGAGUCUCGACUUCGGCUAACUCACCGAGGAACUACACUUCCCAGCAGGCGCUGGAGCAGCGCCCGCAGCCGCCAGCAUGCUCCUAGGCGCGGCUCCACCCCUAGCAUUAACCCCCUAGGACUGCAGACUGGCCGGGAGCGGCGCAGAUUGCAGGGUGCAGUCACCUCUCCUACAGGAUGCCGGAGGGCCCCGAGCUGCACCUGGCCAGCCAGUUUGUGAACGAGACAUGUGGGGGGCUGGUGUUUGGCGGAUGUGUGGAGAAGUCAGCUGUCAGUCGCAACCCUGAGGUACCCUUUGAGAGCAGUGCCUACCGCAUCUCAGCUGCAGCCCGUGGCAAGGAGCUGCGCCUGACACUGAGCCCCCUACCUGGGGCCCAGCCCCAACAGGAGCCACUGGCCCUUGUCUUCCGUUUUGGCAUGUCUGGAUCCUUCCAGGUGGCACCCAGUGAUGCGCUGCCACCCCAUGCCCAUCUGCGCUUCUACACAGCUGCCCCCAGCCCCCAGCUCACCCUCUGCUUCGUGGACAUCCGCCGCUUCGGACGCUGGGACCUCGGGGGCGAGUGGCAGCCGGGCCGUGGGCCCUGUGUCUUGCUGGAGUACGAGCAGUUCAGGGAGAAUGUGCUGCGAAACCUAGCAGACAAGGCCUUUGAUCGGCCCAUCUGCGAGGCCCUCCUGGACCAGAGGUUCUUCAAUGGCAUCGGCAACUAUCUGCGGGCAGAGAUCCUGCACCGGUCAGCAGGGCUGAGGAUCCCUCCCUUCGAGAAGGCCCGCACGGUGCUGGAGGCUGUGCAACAUCGCAGGCUGAGCCCAGAGCUGACUCUGAGCCAGAAAAUCAGGGCCAAGCUGCAGAAUCCGGACCUGCUGGAGCUGUGCCACUUGGUGCCCAAGGAAGUGGUCCAGUUGGGGGGCAAAGGUUACGGGCCGGAGAGCGGGGAGGAGGACUUUGCCGCCUUUCGAGCCUGGCUGCGGUGCUAUGGCGUGCCGGGCAUGAGCUCCCUGCGGGAUCGGCAUGGCCGCACCAUCUGGUUCCAGGGGGAUCCUGGACCCCUGGCACCCAAAGGGGGCAAGUCUCGCAAGAAGAAAUCCAAGGAGACACAGGCAGGUCCUGAGGACCAAGCGGAGGGCCCUCCAACUCCAAGCAAGGCCCCUCCCAGGACACGAAGGGCACGCAGGGAGCUUCCCAAGCAGACUGCAGCCUGGGAGCCUGGGGGGGCCAACUUCCAAAGGGACCCAGAAGCCCCCAUAGUCCCCGAGGAAAGGAAGAGGAGAGCGCGGCCAGCAGCCUCAGGUCGGCUUCCCUCAGCAUCCUCCCUCCCAGCCACUGGAUCCCCAGCAGAGGAGGGGGGUGGCCACGCAGGGGGGAGGAGCAUGGGAAAAAAGGUGGGAGGGAGGCUGUGGGGCAGUCCUCGGCCUGUGGGGCCCCUCGUGAGAAGUCUAAGCUAGCCAUUCUCCUGGGUCCAUCACGCAGGCUCCCGAAAGCCCCAGAAAGCAAAGCUGGCAGCCCACCCUUAGAGCCUGAGGGAGCCCUGCUUGUGCCCACCUCUUCCUGCUGCCCAGCCCUGGCUCUGGGGGGCCUGUCUAGCUUCCUAGAAGGGGUCUGCGUGCCCCUGGUCCCAUGGCUGUCCCCUGUGGAACUGUGAUGUUUUUAACUGUUUAACUGUACCCUGCAUAUAUUCCCUGUCUUUAAAGCUCAUGUGAAAAAAAAUUUUUUUUAAAUAAACUGAAAAAGUGGAA